GCCGGGGCAGUUGAUGGUUUUGGCGAAGUAUCUUAAGGUAGCUGGGCCUGCCCCCUCUUCCCCACCUACCUCUUGUCAUCCCUCCCACACCACUACCACCCUGGCUCCCCUCCCUCAUGACCGCCUGGAUCCUCCUUCCCGUCAGCUUAUCAGCAUUCUCCAUCACUGGCCUAUGGACUGGGUAUGCCAUGGCCGUGAUGAACCGCCACGUGUGCCCUGUGGAGAACUGGUCCUACAACGAGUCCUGCUCUCCUGACCCUACUGAGCAGGGGGGUCCCAAAAGCUGCUGCACCCUGGACGAUGUCCCCCUCAUCAGCAAGUGCGGCACAUAUCCCCCAGAGAGUUGCCUCUUCAGCCUCAUUGGCAACGUGGGUGCUUUCAUGGUGGCCCUGCUCUGCCUCCUGCUCUACGGGCAGCUCCUGGAGCAGAGUCGGCAUUCCUGGAUUAACACCACAACACUCAUCACAGGCUGCACCAACGCUGCAGGCCUCGUGGUGGUUGGAAACUUUCAGGUGGAUCAUGCUAAGUCUCUACAUUACAUCGGAGCUGGUGUGGCCUUCCCCGCCGGGUUGCUGUUUGUCUGCCUGCACUGUGUCCUCUCCUACCAUGGAGCCACCGCCCCCCAGGACCUGGCUAUGGCCUACCUGCGGAUUGUGCUGGCCGCCAUCGCCUUUGUCGUCCUGGUCCUCAGCGGCGUCUUCUUCAUCCACGAGAGCUCUCAGCUGCAGCACGGAGCAGCCCUGUGCGAGUGGGUGUUUGUCAUCGACAUCCUCAUUUUCUACGGCACCUUCUGCUAUGAGUUUGGGGCAGUCUCCUCAGAGACACUGGUGGCUGCGCUGCAGCCUGCUGGCCGGGCCUGCAAGUCCUCCGGGAGCAGUAGCACCUCCACUCACCUCAACUGUGCCCCUGAGAGCAUCGCCAUGAUCUGAGGGCUGGGGAGGGUGGCUGGCCCAGCCUCCACUACUCCCCACCCCAUGUCUUCUCUGCAUUCAUUUUAUACCAAAAACAAUUUUGAGAAAGUAUUCUGUUGGGAUAUAGGCUUCCUCACUCCUGGAGGAGUGGCCAUCCCACAUCCACCUGUGCCAUACAGGAGCGGGCCCUGGCAGCUGCCUGAGCUGCGCAUGACCCGCUCCCCACUCUAGUAUUGUCUUUGUGUUUAAAGGUCACACAUCCUCAGUCACCCAGCCACCCCUUCAGGUGCCUUUAUACCCAGUGCCGAGGCCAGACCACUGGGGUUUCCUGCUGCAGGAACUGGGGGCUGGGAACAGCAAGAGGGAUAGUGAUGGGGGGUGGGAGGGCAGGGGAGGGUGAGCACACCUUAGUCUGUGGGAAGGCCCACUUUGGGGCCCACUGGACUGCACUGGGAUUCUUCACUCUGCCCCUUAUAUGCUUUAGGGCAAGUAUACAGGAGAACCAUGUGGGUAUUUUAGUACUUUUUUUUAUAUAUCUAUUAAAAAAAUUCUAAUUUGCA